CAAGCACGGCACUCUGGGACAUACUGUGACCUCCAAGUGUCCUUGUCCACCUCAUCAUCGUAACAAAAAGAUGUUCCUCUGCAAAGGAGACCAGAGCAGCACGUCUUACAUAUUCACGCUGACUGCACAAUGUUCACAGCAUGAUGAUACAAAUGUAGACUAAACUACUAAUACUGUAGUUUACAAAGCCGAAAAUCUAACAACCAAAAUGGAUAUAUGGUUUUUAUUUUUUGCAUUAAUUCCAUUUUCUUAGACUUGGUAUGUUGCUUGUUGCAGAGAAAGAGCAGAAUGUUAUGUUAGAAAAGCCCAAAAUGGAAGGUGAGAUGGGGAAAUGAAACUGGAUUAGUGGCAGAGUUCACAGAAACACAUUCUCGCCUUCAUAUGUGGCGUGUUCAUAUUUAAUGUCUUCUCUACUCCAAAAACGCAGUCUAAAGAGUUCCCCUUAAUGUGACCAAAGUCGCCACUUAAUUUGCUGUCGAUUUGAAGAAAUGCAACCGAUCAACCUAAAAAAAAAAAACAUGUUUGAUUGAGCUGGUUUUAAGAUUUUACUUAAACAGACUGAAGUUCCUCUGAUUCAAAAAAACAAGCUUAUCAGUGAAAAGUGGACUUAAAGUCAAAUUCAUUCUUUUAAUCCAUUUAGAUGAAAAAUCUAGUAAUUAAAAAUCCCUCAGUAAAGUUCACUCAGUUACUGAUGUAUCUAAUGUGCAGUGUUUGCUCAGUAAACACAUAAUCCAGCUUAUUUUAUGCUACAUCCCAUAGGUCCAAGUUAGCAUCUGCAGAUUAGCAGAGUAUGGAAACCAAGGAGAACGUGAUUCCAUCACUGGGUCAAAGGUCACUAAGGUAGGGGCACCAACAUGGAUGAGAUUUGACCUGUGAUCCUAAAGGCUCUGGAGACGGAGAGCAAAGAAAUGAGGGAGCCUCUGCUGUAUCUUAUCAAGGUUGGACUAAAAGAAAGUUUUCCACUCUGAGGUAAAAACGCAUAAAUUAAUAAAAAAUAAAUUUGAAAGAAAUCCAGCCACGAAAUUUGUCAUGCGCAUAUGGAGCCACAUAUGACUUUCACAUGAAUAGAGCGCUCAUGUUCUCUGUUUACAUGCACAUUGGGGCUGUUUUAGCAGCGUGGGAGCAGAUAAUUGGGUCAAUAAUAUUCUGAAAAACCAAUUUUGCUGCAACCUGCCGUUUUUUAAUGUUGGCCUUUUUUCACACUUUGUUGGAAAAUCUGAUGUAUUAACUUGACAUGUUAAAAAAAAAACAGAGCUGGACUGUAUUGCAGUGUGGUCCAUGCUAGAAAAAAUUAACAUAGCGUUGCAUAUAAAAACUCUAAAUUUGAUGGUGGUGUUGUAUUUUAACUUGGAAAAAACAGUUUCGAAUGAUAAUUGUGCCUCUUUUGAUAGGUUUAUCAUUUUUGUGAGGCAGCAAAGUGGAUAAAGUUUCUGUUCUUCUAUGUCUAUGUUUGGACACAAAUGAGCAGAGCUAACCUCAGGAAGCCCAGUGGUUUCCUCAAAAUAUUUCUAAGAGAAGAGUAACUUUGCUUCUGCUUUAGUUUGUCUGUUGCCUUGAGGAACAGAAAGAUGUGGAGCCUUUAUAACUUGAUCCUCAUGUGCACUGCUGUGAGUUGUGUGACCGGUGAUGUAAUCCCCGUGUUCGGAUAUGAGGGCAGCGCUGCAAAGGUUCCCUGUCCAUAUGGUCCAGGAUAUGAGGAUUAUGAAAAGUACCUGUGCAAGAACGACUGCAGAGACGAUGAUGACGUUCUUAUUAAAUCAAAAGGAAAUAACAACAAAUACUCAACCGACGAUGACAAAAGAGCGAGAACUUUCACAGUGACCAUCUCUGACCUUCGUCUAGAUGAAGCUGGAAAAUACUGGUGUGGAGUGACCAGAGACUUAACAGAUAUAUACAAGGAAGUAAAGCUGAACAUAAGACCAGACAGAUGCUGCGACACGGUGAACAACAUCCAAGGUAACGAAGACGGUUCAGUGACCAUCAGCUGUCCGUACGACUCUCAGUCUGUCAACAAGCUGAAGUUCUUCUGCAGAGGAAACCGGCCCUCCACAUGUCUACAGCAGGCAGUGAUCACCUCUAGCAACACACAAGAUGGACGAUUCAGACUCUCUGAUGACAGGAAGUCAGGAAUAUUCACAGUGACCAUUUCCAGUCUGACCCUGAAGGAUUCUGGGUCGUAUCUUUGUGGAGUCCAGAGAAACUCAGGAUUUGAUGUUUUCUCUGCUGUUGACCUGGAGGUCAAAGAGUGGUGCUGCGUGGAGUCAAAGAACUUGAGUGGCAUUGCGGGACGUGCGGUAACCUUCCAGUGUCCUUAUCCACCUCAUCAUCGUAACAAUACGACGUUCCUCUGCAAAGGAGCGCAGCGCAGCGACUGCACAUACAUGACUUAUCAAGGCAGAUUCACACUGCAUAAUGUUAACGCCGCCUUUUUUUCUGUGGUGAUCACAAAACUUGAAGCAGAGGAUUCUGGGACGUACUGGUGUAGAUCAGACCCAGAGUGGAUUGUUGGAAACUACACCCAGUUUCAUCUGACUGUAGAGGAAGAAGAACAGCGUGGUUUGUCCAUAAUAGAAGCUCAGUACUGGCUUUUCGCCGGGCUCCCCGUUCUGCUGCUGAUACUGAUAAUCAUCCUGGUCAAAGUUUGCAGGACCAAACGUCGCCAGUUGAAUGAAGCAGCAGUCGACAUGAUCGCAAGCAAACUGGAGGCAGCAGAUGCACAAGACGUGACGAGUGGGGAAGACAUUUACAAAAAUGAUGAUGUUGCUGCGAUGUUCAGGCAGCAGAAGAGGACGCAGCAGCGCACACAUGUCCUCCCUGGAACUGCAGACGAAGACCAAGUAAUCUACGAAAACAACCCGACUGAGCAGAUCUACCUCAACCAUUUCAUUUAAACCAAGGGAGAUGAAGGGUUGGCAAAGCCAGCUCUUUGUUAAAAGACAAAUAAUUAUUUCCACAGAAAACUAGAAAAUGUUGUCUGCGUUAAAUCGUCAUCUCACUUCUGGUGGGAGUUUGAACUUUAGCUUUAAAUGUUUAUCUCACUGCAUAUUUUUGCUUUGCGCUGUAUUAAUGAAACCUGUUGGACAU